AUGACCGACCCCACGUACGCAGGAAAGAGCAACGAGCAGAUCAUCAACGAGCAGGCCGCCUCGCUCGAGGAGAAGAGCCACUACCAGCAUGGCGCGCGCUUCCACCCCGGCGGCGCAACGGCCACCUCGCUCGAAUCGGGCGUGAACGAGUCCGGCGUGGCGGGCUUCCCGACCGCGAGCGGGAUGGAACAGGUCAGUGUCGGCCGGACGGGCCAGACGGGCGGUGGCACGAGCGACCAGUGGAUUCCCCCGAGGGAGGGUGGGGACCAUAAGACGGGAGAGGACCGCGCGAGCGCGUUCGGUGGUGGAGUGAAGUAUGGACCUACGGGGAGUCGUCAGUAG